UACCAAAACCACACUCACCCCCUCCUCUUCUACCUUUAAAGCCCAUGAUGAGGUUUAGGACAUACAUUCAUUCUGUCAUUAUCAGCAUCAUCUUGUGAAGCAGAAUCAGCAGCUAUGGGUCAUUAUUGUGUCUAUCUGCUCGUUGGACUUCUGGCCAUCACGUUCCUUCAGACUGGUGUAAUGGGCAACCAUGCCAACACACCAGAUGCAUGCUGUUUUAAUUUUUUCAAGAGAAAAAUCCACCCAAGUAAAAUUAAUUCCUACAGUCUGACAAGAGCGGACUGCACUAUGCCUGGAGUCAUUUUUGUCACACAGAAGGGUUUGCGGCUCUGUGUGGAACCUAAGCUGCACUGGGUCAAGAAAACCAUCCAAAUCAUUGAUGACCGCAAUAUUUAGGGCUUUCAGCUGUAGUGAUGAUCAUCAACCAUUUGGUUUUAAGAGAAAAAUGAGCUCUGUGAUCUUCCUCCUGUCUUUUUCUUUUUUAUUAUAGCGAUAAUAGCUAGAUUAUUAUUAUUAUUUUUUUUAGAUUAGUAUUUCUUACACAUUUUGCUGUAAAUACUCAGUUGUUUCUAUCUUUACCUGCACUGUAAAACAAUACAUUUAAAUGAACGUGUGAUUUGUCUCGUUUUAAAAAUGUAGGCUAAGAAAAAGUUUUGACUUUUGCUUCUAUAUAAUAAUUUUUUUGCACUUUGACUAUUUGUAAUCUAAUAAAGAAUAUAAAAACAUAAAAA